CGACCCUUUCUACAAGCUCAUCGUUUCUUAGCAUUUGUACAAGGUAUGUAGCAUUAGAAUCGAAAGGGGAACUUAGUCUUAGCGAUACCUAGGACUGGACUGGGCUGGGGCAACGAAUUGUGGAGAAUCGGUUAUGAUUGUCACCGUCAAAGGCGUGUGAAUUGCGCCAUUGUGAUCGUUGAUACAAAAGGGCGUGCGGAGAAAUGAUUGUGUUUUUUACCUGCAAAAAACGAUGAUUCACGCCUUUGUAACUUUAUUGAGUAUUAGAGAUGUGGAUAGAUAUAGUAUGUACGAGUCUGCAAUUGGUGGCGGUUAUUUCAUCUCAAAGCUCCAGUUUUUUUACUCCAUCGACUUGAGACUAGGAUACCCAGCAACGAAUCUUUAUCGAUACAAAUAAUCGUUCAAGUCCCUUGAACUAAUUUCAAUACAUUUAUUCAAAUCCAACUACAUACCUACACAAGCAUAUCAAGAGUGUAAAGUAAUCUACAGAACAAGAAAACCAUGGCAACUUCUCAGCCCGGUCUAAAUGGUCAACAAGAUCUCCAAGAUCACACCCCCGAUCAAGGACUUUCUACGUUAUCACUCUCUUCCCAAACCGUACACGCCGACGAUUUCCUCAACAAAGGUCAAGAUGUUGCACCACCUCUACACGUAUCCACCACUUUCCGCUACAGUAACAAUCCAGACGACCUCGUUGCAAUAAGUGAGCUAGAUUCCCACGCACCACACGACAGCCACAUCUAUUCCCGCAUAAGCGCUCCCAACACCACCCGCUUCGAAGCAAUCCUGAGCAACAUUCUCAAAGGCCCCACUCUCACAUAUACAUCCGGUCUCUCUGCCUUCCACGCCGCUCUCGUCUACCUCAAUCCCAAACGCAUUUCCAUCGGCGAAGGUUACCACGGCUGCCACGGCGUCAUAGACGUACACACCAAACUUACCGGGCUCCAAAAACUCCCUCUCGAUUGUCCCGCCGAGGAUCUCCACCCCGGCGAUAUCAUCCACGUGGAAACCCCGCUAAAUCCCCAAGGCACCGCCUACAACCUCGCUCUCUUUGCCGAGAAGGCGCAUUCCCGCGGUGCGUUUCUAUCCGUCGAUGCGACGUUUGCGCCGCCGCCUCUGCAGGAUCCGUUUCUCUGGGGUGCAGAUAUCGUCAUGCAUAGCGGCACCAAGUAUAUCGGUGGACAUUCCGAUAUGCUCUGUGGUGUUCUCACUGUGAAUCCCAAACACGUUGCAGAUGGUUGGUUUCAGGGGCUACAGAUAGAGCGAGUGGUGCUGGGGAAUGUGAUGGGUUCGAUGGAAGGAUGGCUCGGUAUCCGCAGCGUUCGAACGCUGGAAAUUCGUGUCAAGCAACAAUCGGCCUCAGCUCAGAAUCUUGUUUCGUGGUUAGAUAAUGCUUUGAAAUCUAAUGAUCCCGAAACAGAGGUGGUGAGGAAAGCGGUGCUUAAAGUUGAGCAUGCAAGUUUGCAAGAAGAGGAUAUUAAGGAUGGGUGGCUACUGAAGCAGAUGCCAAAUGGAUUUGGACCGGUGUUUUCCAUUGUCAUGAAAGAAGUAGGGUUCGCGAAGAAGUUACCCAGCAAGUUGGAAUUGUUUCAUCAUGCUACGAGUUUGGGCGGUGUAGAGAGUUUGAUUGAGUGGAGGGCAAUGUCAGAUGCUACUGUUGAUCAGAAAUUGUUGCGGGUCAGUGUAGGAAUUGAGGGAUGGGAGGAUUUGAGAGAUGAUCUGUUGCAAGCCUUCAAGUCAUUAGUAGAUGGUAAAUAGAAUAUUGGAAGGGGCACGUGAAUGUUAGAGCCUAUUUGGCACGCAUGUUAUGAAAGAUUAUGAUAAAAUCAAUUAAUCUAUUGCAUUUAUUAC